UUUUCCCGACAAGUGUGGUACUACACUACUCUACUUGGCUUUUGUUUCUUCCAAAGAACAACAUACCUAAAAAUGUCAUUGAUCGAAGAUCAUUUCCUUCUUCAGCCUCUCAUCACCACCACCUCCUCCGGCGAAAACGAAGAAGAUACCGGUUUCGGUCAAAGUGAUGAUUCUCACUCUUUCAAAAGCAUUAGCAUCCGUUUCUUAUCCAUCUUUGUUGUUGCAAUAAUCUCUCUGUGGGCAAACUAUGAAGCUUCCAAAGGUUUCGAAAUCAACAUCAUCAGCGAAAACCACCAGGCCUCCACCGCUUCGCGGCGGUUUAAUCUCUUAUACGUCUCGAACGACAAAAUCAGUCGAGUUGUUCUUAACACAAGUGAAUUUGUAGAAAAUAUUCUCUAUCCGCCUAAUGAAUCUCACGUGAAAAGGACGAUAACCCGCGUAACGGUUAGGCUUGCUGAUCAAAAUCUGACGAAUCCGGUAAUUGUCAAUCAUCAAAAGAGAGGAGAAUUUGAACUUAACAUUAGUCCUUCAUUGUUGCUGCUGGAGGAGAAGAGAAAUGUGGAGAAAGAAGUAGUCAUGGCAGUGCAGAGAGGUAUGGCUCGUGUUUGGAUAUGGAGUUACGGGGAUUAUCAUGGUGUGCCGGAAUCUCUAAUACAAGGUAUCAAGAGUGGGUUCAUCAGAAGGUUGAAUCAAGGUAUCCGAGAUCGCUGGGAUGAAAAACAAACGCUAGAUGAUGCAUUACUUGGAAUAUCAUCCAUGAAGCUUUGUGCCGAUUAUCAUUCUUUGGAAGGUAUGGUGGUAGCUGGAUGAUUUAUUGGAGCCACAUGGAAACAUUAAUUUAUGAUGUGCAGCGAUUCCCACCGAUUCUGGUUGCAGUCUUAUUAUCACUUAUUGUUUUUGGUUGUGCAACACCAAACUUCACUUGUGGUUGGAGAUGCGUUAGGUGAGAGGUCCAGAUCCAGUGUUAAUGCCACAACUAAAUCCAUCGCAACAUUUGUAAUGUUGUAUACAAUAAGAUUUGAUUUGAUUUAUUAUUGUUUUGGGGAAUUUUAUUUUUCAGUAAUUUGAUUUAUUGGAGCAAUAAAAAUAUUUCAACCA